UUACCGACAGAACAUCCGAAACUGCCCUCACUCUCUCCCUUUUCAAAAGGACCGAAAGUUGCCCUAAUUCAAAGUGUCGAUACUGCUGCAAAAGGUUUUUGCAUUUUCAGUGUUUUGUCUUCCUCUUACUCUCUGUUACCAAAGUGAAAAAAUGGAUCUCUUGAGCGCUCUACCAGACGAUGUUCGUUCUCAUAUACUAUCGUUCCUCACCACAAAAGAGGCUGUUCUGACCUCUGUUCUCUCCAAGAAAUGGCGUUAUCUGUUUACACGUGUCCCGGUCCUCGACGUUGAUGACUCUGACUUUCUUCAUCCGCGGUUCUUCAUGACAUUUGUGGACCGUGUGUUGUCUCUCCAGGGUGAUGCUCCCAUCGAGAGAUUCUCUCUCAAGUGUGAAGACGGUGUUGAUCCGGACCGUGUCAACGGUUGGAUACGCAAUGCUCUGCGCCGCGGUGUCACCGAGCUUGAUCUGUCCAUUAACCUUGAGGACGAAGAUUAUCUUCUGCCCCGAGAGAUGUUUGUGAGUAAGACGCUUGUGAAGCUCAAGCUAACGAGCGAGUUUGGUCUUCAUUGGUGGGUUGGAGCUGAUGGGACUCUCUUACCGAUGCUUAAGCGUCUCCACAUCGCCUCGGAGAUGAUGAGCAUGGACUGUGACAUCAAGAUGGAGAAGUUCCUCGCUUGUUUCCCUGUCCUCGAGGAAGCGGAGAUGAUAAGCAUGGACUGGGUGGAUCCUGUCGAUACGGUGUCUAGCUCAACUCUCAAGAAGCUGAGUCUCCACGCGACUGGGAUGAAAACCAUUCUAAACCCGAAGAGCAUCUCUUUCGAUGCUCCGAACAUGCGUUUCUUGGCCUACUCUGAUUGGGUUGCGGAGGACUAUCCGCUUGUUAACCUGAACAAGCUAGAUGUGGCUCGAAUCGCGCUCUCGGUGACCGAUGAUCAGACCAGGAAGAUGAGAGGUCCGCGUAAGUAUCUGUCGGAAGGUGAUGUUGUAAGGCAGUUUGGCAAUGUGGUUAAGCUCAUGAACGGCGUUCGGAAUGUUCGGGAGCUUCACUUGCAUCCUGAUACUCUCGAGGUGCUAUCUCUAUGCUGUGAAUCAAUGCCUGUGUUCAAGAACCUCAAGAUGUUAAUCAUCACAAGUGACGAGGAUAGAGGAUGGCAAGCAAUGCCAGCUCUCCUAAGGAACUGUCCACAGUUAGAGUUUCUACUCAUUAAGGGUCUGGUGCACCAUGUGACAAAGCAAUGCGGGGAUGCUUGUGACUGCAUUCACAAGAAGCACAAAGGACGUUCGCUUAAAUCAUGCCCGGUGAAAAUGUUUGUGAUCAGAGGGUUUACGGGGACGAUGAAAGAGAUUAACAUGAUAGAGCAUUUCUUGGACUAUUUUCCUUGUUUGGAGGAGAUGAAUAUCUAUAUCGAAGAAGAUGUUCCUACGCCGCUUAAGUACGACCGUCAAUUUGCCGUUCGUGUCUUAGAGAUGAUUGAAGAGUUCGACUACUCGUACAAAUGCAAUGUCCACCUCCUUCAUGAGUGAAAUUGGACUGCUCAACUAAGACUCUGAGAUCAUCACCAAGAGAGGAUGGAUCUUGUUUUGCAGCACGCUGUCUAGUCUCCAGUGACGUUUGUUUAGUUUUUCCUUUUUGAUGUUGACAGAAACUGAGUGAGUGAUGAUGUUUUAAAACUCUGUUUUGUCUACAUUUUGGUUCGACCAAGAAGGUUUAGUGGUUUGAUUUGCUCGGUUCAAGUUUUCAUUAUCGGAUUAUAAAACGUAAAACACAUUCUGUGAUUGUAAUAUGUACGUUGUGUACGCGUGCCAUUAGCAGAAUUUCGUUUUUUAAAUUAAGCUUAUAAACAAAUAAUUAAAUAGUGUUUACU